CUCCAAGGUAUUCAUCCGUCACCGUCCUGGUGACACCUGUAAAGCCCUUUACUUUGAUUUGUUUGGUAAUUGAAAACUGUUUCAGACAGAUGGAAUGUGACUUAAUUGGUCUUGGAAUGUCACCUGCUUUACGGAGCCUCUUGUUGCACAUUUGCCCAAGAUCCUCGUCCGCGGUUCGAUUGCAUAACAAGCUUAGUCUAGUUUCCAGGUCACUAUUUCUCUCUGCCCAUUUAAAGCCUUUGUGUUGUGCUGCUCUGGAUGUGAUUGAUUCGAACCCCAUUAGUGUUUCGUCUCUUGAAAAUGCCCCAAACUCUGAGACUCAGCUUCGUCAAGUAAGAUUAGAUAAUGGCAAUUCAUCUAAUCAUGAAAUAGCAGGGAACAAUGUGAAAAGCGAUACCAAAAAGAGGCUUAUGCGUUAUUCUGGGAUGCUUCGUACCUGUGUUUCGCUAAGGUCUUUGAAUGAGGGGAAGGCUGUUCAUGGGCAGGUGAUAAAAGAAGGGAUUGAUCCGGAUUUGCAUUUGUGGGUUUCGUUGGUUAAUGUUUAUGCAAAAUGUGGGGAUGCUGGGUACGCACGUAAAGUUCUUGAUGUGAUGCCUGAAGGGGACAUUGUGUCGUGGACUUCUUUAAUUCAAGGGUUUGUAGUUGAAGGUUCUGGUGUUGAUGCUGUUAAAUUGUUCUGUGAGAUGAAGAAAGAUGGUACAAAAGCAAAUGACUUUGCAUUGGCGACUGGAUUGAAAGCAUGUUCUUUGUGCUCCAAUUUAGGUUUUGGGAAACAGUUGCAUGCUGAAGCAGUGAAACUGGGGUUGUUUUCAGAUGCUUUUGUUGGUUCUGGUUUAGUCGGUCUUUAUGCAAAAUGUGGUGAUAUGGAACUUGCAGAUAGAGUGUUAUUUUGUAUGCCUGAGCAGGAUGUGGUAUCAUGGAAUGCACUGCUGAAUGGGCAUGCUCAGGAAGGUGACAGAAAUAAAGUUUUGGAAUUGUUUUGCAGAAUGACGGAAUCAAAAAUCAGGUUGAGCAAGUCCACCUUGUCCACUGUCCUCAAAGGUUGUGCGAACUCGGGAAAUUUGAGAGGAGGUCAGUUUUUGCAUUCUCUAGUAGUCAAAAUUGGGUUUCAGAUGGAUGAAUUCUUGGGUUGCAGUCUCGUUGAAAAGUAUUUAAAGUGUGGGAUGGCUGUCGAUGCUGUAAAAGCAUUCAGGAUGAUUGAAAAACCCUACAAUUUUUUCUCUGAGCAAUGGAGGUCCCGGGUUCGAGGCUCCAAGCUAGUGAGUCUGCUUGACUGUGGCCAGGAGAAAGCUGAAAUUCUUCUUUGGGAGGUUGCAACGAUUUGGAGGAUUAAAACAAAAAUUAGAAACCUUUUCUUCUUCUUUAUAAGCACUACUGCAUGCACAUCCAUGGAGGCAACUUGCCUCUCUGCAGCACCUGCCCAAAUUGUUGGAGGGUCCCGUAGGUCGAUCACAAGUGUUUCUUCGGACUUCCAGAGGAUCCCGGGACCUCCCGGGUCCCUAUAUGGAUAUGUCCAUGCUUGUAUGGUUGAUAUUCUCGGCAGGGCUGGAAAGUUUAAUGAGAUUGAAAGCUGCAUCGAGACAAAGGAACUAACACCAUAUGCCAUUAUUUGGGAGACUGUUCUUGGGGCUUGCAAGAUGCAUGGAAAUGUCGAAUUUGGUGAAACAGCUGCAAGAAAGCUUUUUGAGCUUAAACCUCAUAUGGAUUCUCCAUAUAUCUUGCUAUCUAAUAUCUUUGCAAUCAAAGGCAGGUGGGACGAUGUUAGCAAAGUCAGGAAAUUAAUGCAGAGUCAGGGUGUCAAAAAAGAACCUGGUUGUAGCUGGGUUGAGGUUGAUGGUCAAGUCAACAUUUUUGUCUCUCAAGAUGGUAUGCAUCCAAGAAUCGGGGAUAUUCAUUUGAAAUUGGAGGAACUAGGCAAAAAGCUAACUUCAUUAUGUUAUAUACUGGAAACAGAAGACGUGCUUCAUGAUAUCACUGAAAGAGAAAAAAAAGAACAUCUCCAAUAUCAUAGUGAAAGGUUGGCUCUUGGUUUUGCCCUCAUAAGUACCAAUCAUCCAAAAACUGUUCGGAUUUUUAAAAAUCUACGCAUCUGUGGCGAUUGCCAUGACAUUAUGAAGCUCGACUCAGAUGUCACAAAUCGGGAAAUAGUUGUUCGCAACAUCAGGCGGUUUCAUCAUUUUAGGAAUGAAACUUGCUCCUGUAAGGACUUCUGGUGAUAUGGCAUUAGAAGCUCUAUGACCUGUAUAGGGGGUUCACCCACAGCGAAUUCCAAUCACUUUCCUAGUUACGAACUGAGCCACAGUUUCAUACCGAAGGAACUCCGCCCUAAUCUUAUCAGAGUAUGGCCCGUUCAACGUCCUUUUUGUCCUGAAGUGGCAGCUUCCUGCGCUAAAUUUGCAUAUAUCAUAUCUCAAUUCUCCUUGCCACGAGAACUUCACCAUAGUUCUUGCUGUUGGAAGCUGCUUCGAUUCUCUUGAUGAUCUUGUGCUUCUGUUAAGGACAUGGCAGAGUCCUCGAGAGCAUCCGCUCGGCAGGUGGAGUGAUGAGUAUGCUAUGCAUCUCUACAGGAGGUUCGUCGUUCUUCCGAAGUUCCACAAUCAGAUACAGUUCGAGCAAGCAGUGCCCUGUCUAAAAAUGAGUUGCCUGGUUAGUGAAGUUGAUAGAAUGGCACAUCCAAGCACGUCUGAACAGUGUACUUCACCUGUGUAAAAGAAAAGCCUGGCAGCUGUCUAAGCGCACGAGGCCCGGGUUGUGUCGACCGAACAGCAAGUCAGUUACAAGCACUUUAAAUCUGCAACUGCUCGGAGUUUAUGCUCCCUGAAGUUGGAAAGCCACGUGCUACUUAAAGGUCCGCCUCGAAACCCCGACGGUAGAAUCCAGACCAUUCAGAAAGUAUGCAAGAAAGUUACUUCGCGGUCUGUUGAACAACAAUCACAAGUUCCCGACCGCCGCUCGGCACCAAGAUUAAGCUGCUACUGAGUUUUAUUGUAUAUAUUCAUUGGAUACUAGACACUAGUAGCCCUCAUGGGUGUUGUAGAUCUUUAAUCCAAUUUCAUUUAUUA